AUGCGCGAGGUCGACCGCGCGGACCACAACGCCCGGCAGUGCCCGUCCAGGGCACCCGAGCUGCACGACCCUAGCGCGCUCCUCGUCCCACCGGCCGCCGCGCGAGACGACGGCGGCGGAUACGUCAGACGCCGCCGUCGCGAGCUCGCCGCACGUCCGCUCGGGUUCGACUACCCGUCGCCGGCUUCCAGCUCCGGCUCCUCGCGCUCGAGCUCGCGCUCGCGCUCCGGCACGUCGAAUGACGAGCUUGCGCUCGGCGAGACGUGGCGGACGUACCUCGCGAACCGGGCGCGCCGUCUAGGAGGAGGAGGAGGAGGAGGAAGGGGAGGAGCCACGUACGACGUAGGAGGGAGCUCGUAUCCCCUCCCGGGCGCGGUUAUCACGGGUCGUUCACCGAACCAGCGUAUCGCGCUCUAUGAGGCGGGCAGGAUCGCGCGCCCCACGGAGACGAAGGUCGCGUCCGAGGUUCUCGAGGUUCUACGAGUUUUGGGAUGCAUCAGAAAAGAAAAAGGGAAUGCAGAGAAGAUGAGAGAAGAGCACGAUCAAAAUGGAAGACGCAAGGGUUGCGCGGUGCCGGGGUGUGGCGAGGAUUUUUCUUCUUCUACUUUUUUUCCUGCAAAGGCUAACCGAACUCGAGCGCGCCUCCGCGAUGGGCUCUUUCGUGCGACGUCAGGCGAUAUUGUCCCCUCGGAGUACAUAUCAUAG